AUGUACCUUUGGACAAAAGAUGGCCAGGGUGCGGCUCCCCUUUUAAAAGACCCUGAAAACUCACCUCAGUACGAGGAGUUUCCGUCAGGAUCUGAAAUUGGUGCUGAGAAUAAUAUUCACCCUGGAAAAGUGGAUGGCAAACUCUACCAGCGGAAGAAAAAUUCGUGGAAUUGCAUGCGGCUAGCUAUUGCGUCGCUUUUUACCCUGUGCUUCCUGAGUCUAGCAUACAACGGCCUUGCAAGUGUACUUGGCUUGGUCAGUCUUCUCGUUAUCCUCUUGAGUGGCAACAUGCAAGUACUAAUGGAUUACCAGUCACAAGAUAAAUUUAAGCUGUGCCCAAAUGGAACCCAGGGACAUACUUGCUUUCCAAGGAAGAUCGUAAUUGAGAAGCGAUCGGAGUCCAUCGUGGGAAGAUACCCUAUAUUUGACCUUCUAUCUCUGUCCACUACAUCCGGUAGUAUUGGGGUCACAGUCAUUCCGCAGAGAGCAGAUACUCAGAGCCCAGAUGAGCCUGCUCGCCUCCGGAUUCGUACAGGAUCAGGAAGUAUUGCUGUCUCGUUCACUUUCCCGGGCGCCACGUUUUCGCCAGAAAUCAAAUCCAACCAAAAGCCUGGUCUGGAAAAAAAACGUUGGAAUGAACUUUGGCCACUCCAAUUUCGUCCUUACGAGCUUGACGUUGAGACCACGAGCGGAUCUAUCACAGGACAAUUUUUCUUCUCAACUUCGGCACGCCUUUCAUCUGAGAGUGGCAGUAUCAAUGCCAGGUUGUUGCCAAUCGUUAGGCUCAUCAGGAAUGUCGAUUGCAAAGAAGCAGAAAAUUUCGUUGCAAAUACUGCUUUGAUAACGACCUGGACAUAUUCUGGGAGUCAAAAUGUUCAUCUGAUGAGCCCUUGUUUUGUCCCUUUCUCAGGCGAAACGUUCAAGGCCAAUUCUUCGGUUAUGGGGAAGCCUGCUCUGUCGCACCACAAUACCCAGAGAGGAACUUUAAACAUAAACUACCCUAGUGCAUGGACAGGCAAUGCUCAUGCACGGACUGAAAGUGGAAACAUAGCAUUUGGCGGAAAUGGUUUGGAGGUUUUCAACAAUGAGGAUGGCUCGGUAGACGGCUUCAAAUAUGAGGGUCAGAAAGAGUGGAGAAGUAUCAAUGUAUCUCUGGGAUCGGACGCGGGAGCAAUCGUUUUCAAUGUUGGAUAA